AGCCACUCAUCCUACACUUUGAGUUUGGUGACACUGCUGUGGGUGAUGCAAGGUGCUAUAUUUGCCUGGCCUGUUUGCGAGACAAAUGACUCCCACUCAAGCCCAGCCGCCACACAACAACAUCCCAUGCGUCCAGAGCUGCUGUGUUCAUGUGAAAUAUUGCGGAACGCUGGAGCUAUAGACUCUGCUAUGGCACUCAAGCUAGCGGUACCAAAAUAGCAGACGACUAUUUCUAUUUCAUCUGUCGCCCACUCGACACCAAACAGUCGCUCAGAUAUGUGCUCUCGCUAACUCCUUCCUGCGUUACAGCUCUGGCCUUGCCGGCAACUAUUUCGGUAGGGUGUGUGCUCGGCUCCUGCUCCUCCAGUCUUUUCAAGAGCUCGCUUGAAUAUGGAUUUCUACCUGGUCGUGUUCAGAGAAGGACAUUUUGCUAUGGAGUAACACAAACAUCUGACUUCACUCGGUGUGAUCCGUACCAUUUUUGAUGUCUUUGAUGAACGGACUUUCCAAAGGAUGAAAUACAGAAGCACUAUAAAAGGGAAAUCAUAAUGUAAUCUGCAAUCUGUAGAGAUGACAAAGAAAGAAGAGUCAAGCCGGGUCAGUUCUGCGUCAGACUGAAGGACUGGGCAUACACAUUCAUGAUGAGCAACCAGGAGAAGCGCCACAGGACGAGCAUGCAGCACCUCCGCUAUCUUAAUAGCUUUAUGGAUGAAAUAGACCGCGAGGUCAUGAGCCUGACUGAUCGAGCUUUUAAGAGUCUAUGCAUUGGAGAUGAAGCAAUCUACAAUGACUCAGAGUUUUCCCCCUCUCCAGUCAGCUGCCGCAAGCCAAAGGUGGAGGAUGUCUCAAAAAAGACACAGGAGAGCACACUUUGUGCUGUCAGAAAACUUCAUUCUCAUCCAAUUAAUGGAGCAAUUGAUCCGUUGAGUAGGCCAAGUAAGUCAUCUAAAGACUCUUCACUUUUUGCAGUGUUUGCUGCCAAAAAGAAUGGCGAGAGUGCAAAGAUGACAAACGGUGACUCGUGGGACAAAUCUGCUCUACUCAGCAUCCAAAGGGAGCUCUCGGAGUUUUCUUCAGACUAUCACAGUUUAACAGCAGAGCACCUUUCGCAAGCCAAAAAUCAUCUCAAAUCAGAUGAAAAAGGCUCGGCCGAAAAAUCAGGCAAGAAUGAACUGAUACCUUCGGGAAAAUCCUCGAAGAGCAAGCACCACAAAAACAACAAACUGAGAAAACUCAAUUAUAUAAACUUUUUCCUCCACAGUGAGUUCAGCCCAUUCUUAUCAUGGAGGGAUUUUAAUAAAUUCUCCAUUGGGCCAGAGCACAUUUCAGAGAUUAUGUUAAACGACAGAUCACCUGAAUGGUAUGAUUCUCCUCUUUACAAGGAAUUAACUGCAGCGCAUGAACACUAUAAACUAAGUCUCCCCACAUCAGUGGAAAAGAGUCCUGAACAAAAAGAGACUCAUUCACCUAAACCUGUGAAAUCUGCAGCCCCUACUGUACCCCCAAAACCUGACAAAGAGUCCGAGCACAUCCAGCGUAGUAUUCCUACAAAGGUGCCUCCACUUGGAACUGAACAGAGAUGUAAUUCGGAAAGGGCAGAACCUUGUGCUCCAUGGCGAAAAAGCAGAAGCAGAGCCAAAAGUGCUGCUCCUGUGGGGCACUCCAUCAUAAACUCCCCAGUCUGCGAGAGGAAACAUGCUGGAGAAAGGAGUGCACAGACAUUUAAAAAAGAUGUGAAGACAGUAGAGGACCAGGCAUCUGCUAGUUCAACUCCUUUCAGCAUUUCACAGCUAUUGACACCAGUGAUACCCUCCAGACAUGGAACAGGAACCUCAGAGAUACUGCAAACUGUGCUUUCACCCACAGCCCUGGAGAUCCCAGCACUCCCCGAGAGAGAUCUGCAUCCAUCACCUGAGAUUAAAAGGGAAGUCUACAAAUCUAUAGCAUCCAGCUUGUUGUUUAAUCUCAAGGACAACAGAAAAAGGGUUAAGACAAUGUACAGCCCACCAAAGUUUAAAGGUUUGGAUGCGGCAAAUCAAAGUAAAGAGUCUCCCCAACUUGAAGUGUCAAAAGACGAGCUUGAAAUACCUGAGGUUUCAGAUGCAAAAACGAUUUCACCUGCUCGUCAGAACCCUAUCAUAUCCCCAUUGAGUCCCUUGUUGGAAAAUGCCGACACUCAAACUUGUUCUCCUGCAAGUGGCAGAGUACCAGAUGACUAUUUGGGAUUGAGUCUGCUUCAGUCUGGAAAAGUCAAAUCAAACCGGAGCCCUGCAGCUAACAAGGCAACAUACCCCUCAUUACAACUUUACCAAAAAUCGAGUCCCGGGGAGAUUAAUGUUAGAGCGUCUGCUCAAACUGUGGUCGACACUUGCUCUCAGGUUUACAAAGACAAAGCCACUAAAGAUCAUGACACAGAGGGCAAUUAUCCCAGUGAAUUAGAGCUCCAAAGUAAAAAUAUCCCUGUAGAGUCAAGACUAAAUGCCAAGAAACUCACUGUGGGUUUAAAUAGCGAAAGUAAUACCGAAAACAAAUCUGGAAAAAGUCCAAAUGUAAGUUUAGCAAAUACGGAAAGACAGAUCAUUAAUGAGAGUCAAAUUAAGGACAGGUUGAAAGCUACAGAAAUUGUCAGUGCACAGAAAAGCCCUGUCAAAGAAAAGGAACUGAACAGAAAAGAGGCAGGGGCAAAGCAUGUCUUUUCUGCACGGCAGAAUAACUAUAUUAAAAGUCAGAGAUUUGUAAGUACAGAUGAUGAUAAUGAUCAAAAUGGGGAUAGUUCUAAUCUAGAAAAAGGGUUGUUAACUGUAAAGGAUAAUAAAAAUGGUGAUGACGGACGGCCCAGGCAUUUAAGGAAUGCAAAAACAAAAGGUGCAAGACAAAAGCAAAAUGAAAGCAUGCAUCGAGAAAAAGUACUAGUUCAAACAACAGUAGAUGCACCACUGCUGAUAGAAAGUGUUCAUGUAAGAGGAGAAGCUACCACAGAUCAGAGCAAUAUUACAUCAAACAGUGGUUUGGGAGAACAAAAAGAGAAAAUAGGAAACCCUGAAACAAUGAAAGGAAACACUUUUGCAAAGAGAGCACUGUUUGCAUCAAUGGAACAAGGGUCUAAAAAGACAAAUGCACCUUUAAAGAAAGAUAAUGCUGUCAUUGAUAAGUAUGACCUGGCCAAAAUGGCUCUAGAGGAAGUAAUUGCUGAACGAGAACAAAGGAAGUUAUGUAAGGCUGUCUCGAAUGUAGAAGCUUCAAUCACUGAUAGAAAAGGAGCUGGGUGUAAAGAGCCUCAAGAUGGUAUUGAGUUACCUGUCAAGACAGAAAAAGAGCUACCUUGUAUAUUCCUGCUGAAUGAGAGGGUAAAGGGUACAAAAGAAGGCAAAAGUCAGAAUACUGUAUCUGCUAAUAAAACAAAUUGGCAGACUGUUAAAACUAUGCCAGGAGACAUGGCCAAACAUGGUGAAAGUCAUGUGUCUGAGGUAAAAUUAGCCAGGCCCUGUAAGCAGGAAGAAUCUUUUGGGCAGUGUCAGCAUUCAGAACCUAUAAAAUAUAAUGAGACAGACAGGUUGUGCCUUGUCAGUAAAGAAAGCAACACAGAGCAUAUCAGCAAGGGUGACAACAUUUGCCAAAAGAAAGAGUUGAUUAAUCAAAAUAGAAGUGAUUUAAAGAAAGCUGCACAAGUAAGUGAUCAUUUGGGAAAUAAUGGAAUUAAUUUUGUGGCACAGUGUGAGGAAGAGUUGGGUGUUGACAAAAAAGACAAACCUGACAUACCCCCAAGAAGAGGUAGAAGUAAUUCUCAGAGUAACGAAUGCGUUGGUGAAAAGAUUGAAAGUAAGUUAGACUUUAAAGAAGGUGAUGCUUCAGUCAAAACCGAGGAAAUGAAAAGUAGAGAAGCUAGUAAAGUUCAGUCAAGUCAAUCAAAGAAUCGAGGCCCAGUGAAAGGAAAUGUCACAUCUCUGAAAGAGAAAUAUGACAAAGAAAGUAAGAUGAAGGUUGUCGAGAAAGAUCUGUCUGUUGAAGGAACAUGUUCUGAAAAGUCUAUGGGAGCUGAUGGUGAUAAGGCUUCAAAAGACAAAAUGAGACACAAAUGUGUUCCACCAAAACUCACAGUCAGUGAUCCUGAAAGUGGGACUUACUCCAUUAUAUACAAGGAGAUGGAUUCAGAGAAUGAAAGAAUGUCUACCAACUUUUCAAGAGAAAAAGGCAAGGAACAUUCUGGUUCACAAAGGAAACAAAACGUCACCCAAAAGGAUAUACAUGACAACAUAAAUGAAGAACUGCAAGAUGACAAGGUAAAAGUGAAUAAAAAGGAAGAGGACGCUGUACAUCUGAAGGAGUCGGAGGACAAACAGAACAAAUCCAAGGCUCCUUCUAAAAGCUACGUCAAAGACUUCCUAAAUGGACUUCUAGGUCUUUCAAGCUCAGAAAAGCUCAAAACUGUCAGUGACCAUGAGGAAGAACUCUCUGAAACAUUGUCUUCAGAGUCUUUCAAAACCGAUAAAGACAGAAAGGACAGUAUAACAGUUUAUGAUAUCCUCGGAAAACGUUACUCCGUAACAUCACUAAAUGGUAAACCAACACAUCACAGCAGUCGGUCUUCAAAUUCAAGUGAAUUCUCUCUAUUACAUGAAUUAGAACCAGGAGCACAACCUGAAGAGUUUUCAAGGAAAACCGACAACAUGAAAGAAAAGAUAGAUGGAAAGGUGAAAGAGGAUAUCCAGGAACCAACAAUGGAUUCCUGCUCUUUGAGCAAUCAUGAAAGUGAAUCAGAUUUCUCUGACAGGGUAGUUUCUCCACCAAGCGAUAUGGACAAGAGGGGAUGGGUACAAAGCUUGAUUGAGUCAGCCAGAGACUUAACACAGAUCUCACACAGUCAUGCCUCCUCCGGGGAUCAACAAGUAAUAGGUCAACAGCUUUCUAUGAAAGACCAAUUGAAUGGAUCUGAGAUUGAUGAGGAAGAUCUGGAUCUCUUCAAGGACCGUAUCCAUUCUCCAGUUCCUGUACAUGGUAUACCAGUCAAGAGCCCCCCACCAAACCAGCCAGCUAUGCAUUUCUUGUCCCUUCCAGCAACCGUAAAACAGAGAAAGUUGUCAGCUGGAAGUGCCUCAGUUUCUGAAGAUGAGGAACAGCGCUCUGCUGUUAGCACUUUAUCUGAGGGCCUGGAUGGAUAUGAAACAAGUGGAGGGGAUCUGAUGGAGGAAAACACUUCUAGUACUGCACCAACUGAGGAUGCGGAGGGACCCAGCGAGAGAUCCGGUUCAGCUUGCAGUGGAAACGGCCAGAACAAGCCACCUGUUGUACCACCAAAAACCGAGAAAGCUCUACGCCGAGCCAUGAAGCUCACCACAAGGAGGAUACAAAAAGCUGAAGCCAAAAGCAAAUCUGAGCGUAAAGGCCGGAGCGGUGACAAAACUGUCAAGGCUGAGAGGAGGCACCAUGGCACUGACAAAGUACAUGAGCACAGGUCCCUCAGCAGUGACAGGAUCAGCAGCAAACACAGUGAGCAUCUCAAUCACACAUUUGAACCUAAAUCUCAAAGAAACGAGAAGCAUGCUAGACACCAUGAUGAUCCAAAUAGCCAGAGCAGUGAGGACAAUGAUCCUAGCAAGAAACUGCACCAUGCAACUAAAGAUGAAGUCAAACAAACCAGUCAGACUGGUGACUCAAAGAGUCAUAACCUUGAAAAACAGCAACAAUGCACAUCAAACCAUGGGGAUCAUUUGGAAAAUGGCAAUGUCACUAAUGAUAGUGACAGACUGGGUAGAAGGACUGAGAAAUACUUGCCCAAAAAACUAGAGCGUAGGACGCAAAGUCUGGACAGAUUUUUAAGGGAUAAACACGAAAGUGUGUCAAGUAGCACUGGGAAAACUGCUGGUGUCAAUUCUGAGUUUUCGACAGAGAUAUCCCAGUUGUCCACUCCAAAGGCAUCACCUUUGCACCACAACAGCAUUGAACAUGCUUAUGCACCUGCCAAUAACCUUGUAACCCAGUCCUUCCCAGUCACCCAGAGGAAGCUCUUACAAGACCCUGAUUCGGGACAGUACUUUUUGGUGGAUAUGCCAGUGCAGGUUAAAACGAAAACGUUCUUUGACCCAGAAACAAAGACUUACGUGCAACUGCCAGUUCAGUCUCCUGAGCGACAAGCUCCGCCUUUGGAGGUUAUGAACACACCAUCACUUAUGGUGUUUCAUGGCUUUGUUCCAGUGCCUGUGCCAUCCCAGAAGUCUGUUGUCAGGACUCAAGGGUCUGUGAUUCCUCCUGAUGAUCAGGAAGGCUUUGAUACAAACAGGAAACAGAUGCAGGGGGACUUUUGUCCGAUGCAAAACGAAGAGGUAAAUCCUUACAUUGAGCCUGUGUAUAUAGCACAAGAACACACACCUGAAGAGGAAAUCGAUAGCGUGAGAUGACAACAUCCAGACUGAGCCAGUCCAUAGAGAUUGACUGUGAAUGAAAUCAGGGAUUUGUGUUGUUUGUAGAUUAAUACCGUCGGGUGGAAAGUGGAAAAGUGUUGUAUGAUGUUCUUUGUGUAUGGUACAGUACACCUGAUGAGGAUUGUAUAUGAUUAUUUGAGUAAGGCAACAUUCUGGUUCUACUGUUGAAAGCACUUGUCUAUUUAUAACAGGAAGUUGGAGUUUUCUGCCUUACCGAAAGUAGUUUUGCUCUCUUGAGAGGAUUUUUGGCAAAUUAAUACAUUUGUUUUGAUACAUCUUUUAUUUGUCAAUGCAGUAUUUAGUCUGCAUCAGAUUAAAGUGAUAUGCACAUACAGUAGGUGUUGUUUAUGCUUAAAAUUGUAUGGAUUUGGCAUCACUGUUCGGGGUAUAUUUUUGGAAUGAUUUAGUACUUUUAAAGGGAUUGUUGCUUCAGAAAGAACCAUUCCAAUAAAAGCAUCAUCAAUAAGAAACUGCCUAUUUAUUUAAUGCCGAUAUCUUUUUAAUUCGUAGACCCUGUUUACACCUGGGCUGUUUCUCAAUUCCAUGAAUGCAGAGAACGGACUUGUGUUCUUGU